AGCAAAUACCUCUUCGGUAACGCCAACAAAGAGUCCAUCGUCGAACUACCCCAAGGACAGCUAUAUCUUGUCCGCCCGCGAUCGCUCAAAGGCUACUCAGAACUUAUCUUCAAAGACGCUGCUGCCUCAAUUCGCCGCACCGGCCAGGAAUACCAGUACCAGCUCGUUGUUCAACGUGUCUACGAAGAAGGCGAAGCAGAACUUGUAGGAGAAGACAGUACACAGGACGACCGACUAGACGGUGUAGCUUCGGACAAGGACGAAAAGACUUUCCUGCUUGACGAGGGUCUGCACUUCCGUGUAGACAUCAGAGAAGACGGCGAAGUCGUCCUUGGCUGGCUCGACCUUAGCGGUGACGACGGAGACUUGUUCGAAUUUGUCUGCGACCCUUCCGCAACCCCCGAGACCGCCUCAUCUUUUGCUCUUGUAGCUGCUCAGUGCCAGUACGAGCGCAAAUAUCGCAAGCCCCGAGACCUCGCUACCGACGACGAACUACGUGAGUUCAGUUUCGACCACGAAGACCCCAUCCCACAAGCGAGUCCCAUCCAGAGCCCCUCACGCUCCCCCACCAUCUCUCGUUCGCCAACUAUUUCUCCGCCUCCCACCACUCCUCGCAUGCCAUCCUUAAACAAGUCCAACUCUGGAGUCAAGCGCAGCGACGCCAUGCCCAGAACCUCCACUAGAGCUGGCAAGGCUCCUCUUCGAGCUUAUGAGGAGGCCCCAACGACCGCUCCGUCAGCCAAGAAGGCCCCUGAGGCCCUCGAAACUCUAGCCGAUCAAGAUGUCGAGCUCCAUCUCUUCGACUUCCAGUCCGGUACUUUCGUACAGCAAGCCGAGAGCGUCAACGCUACCGUCACAGAGAUCGGCAACUGGAAAUACUGGCUUCAAAUAAACAGCAAUGACAGAGACUGGCUUGGUCAGGAAGUCGUUCCCGAACUCAACCCUGUCUUCAACUUCGAAUACCUCUCCUUCAUUUUCAAUCACUACAGCGAAGAUGGAAAUGCCUACUCGUGGCUUUUGCGCUUCAAGGAGAGAGCAUCACUAGAGGAGUUCCAACAAGGCUUGAUGCAGGCUCUCUGGGAGCACUCGAACCAGACCAAGUGGCUCAAAGCAAAGGAUACCGAGAGAGACUACGUCCUUGAUGCUUUCAACGACCUCGUCUUGGAAGACAGGGAUGACGAAAGAGAGGCUGAGGCUCGUGAAGAAGACGAACAGGAGGAAGAAGAAUACUACGACCCUGAAGAAGAGGAUGACGACGGACAGAGAAGCGAGCACUACGAUAGCGAUGAGUCGGAAGACGAUGUUAUCGCCAGAGAUGAGGAUGGAAACGUCAACUCUCAGCUCGCUGUUGGUUACAAGCACGAUCGCUCUUUCGUCGUCAGAGGUUCCAAGAUUGGUGUCUUCAAGCACACGCCUGACAACCAUCUCGAAUUCUCCACAAACAUUUCCAAGGUCGAAACACCUGGCGGCAAGGUCUUCAACCCCAAGAAGAUCAUGCUACACGCCGAAGAUCGCAACAUGAUCAUGCAGGAUGGAGACAACCCCAACUCACUGUUCCGUAUGGACCUUGAGUAUGGCAAGAUUGUCGAUGAGUGGAAGCGUCCANNGAAAUUCAGUCAAAUGACCGGCGAACAAACCUUCUUGGGUCUGUCCAACAACGCCUUGUACCGUAUUGACCCUCGUCUGCAAGGCGACAAGCUCGUCGAAUCAGAGCUCAAGCAGUAUGCUACCAAGAACGGAUUCACCGCUGCAGCCACCACCGACAAAGGUUACAUUGCUGUCGCUUCAAGCAAGGGUGAUAUCCGUAUGUUCGAUCGCCUUGGAAUCAACGCAAAGACACACAUUCCUGCUUUGGGUGAUCCGAUUAUUGGUCUUGAUGUGUCCGCUAACGGUCGUUGGGUUCUUGCUACUACUCGCACUUAUCUUCUGCUUAUCGAUGCUCUUCAGAGCGAUGGCAAGAAUGAAGGCAAGCUUGGUUUCGAAAAGUCAUUUGCCAAGGACUCAAAGCCCCAACCACGUCGUCUGGCACUCACACCCAGCCAUGUCGCUCAAUUCCAGCAUGAGACCAAGGUAGCUUUGUCCUUCACACCUGCGAGAUUCAAUACCGGACCCGACUCCGAUGAGACGACGAUCAUCACCGCAACUGGACCUUUCAUCAUUACUUGGAGUCUUAAGAAGGUUCUUGCUGGUCGCAAGGAUCCUUACAGCAUCAAGCGUUAUGCUGAAGAUGUCAAAGCAGACAACUUCCGCUUCGGUAGCGACAAGAAUAUUGUGGUGGCUCUACCCAAUGAAGUCAACAUGGUAGCCAAGAGGGCAUUGCAGAGACCUACACGUGAGAGCAUCAUGGCCACUCCUAGAAAGACUGGCCGUGGUAGCUACCUCAGCAGAAACGACAUUGUCAACAGUCCUUACUGA